AUGACCUCCCCGUCACUGGCGGCCACCACCCCAGCAGAAGGGUGGGGACCUGCCUCCCCCCUCUCUCCUCUCGCCGCCCCCGUCUUCCCGGGCGACGACGACGGCAGCAAGGAGGUUGCGCCCAGGAUGGAGGUGCAGCAGAGGGAGGACGAGGCUCCAGUCGUCGUCGAGGAUGUCAUGGAAGGCGAGGACGAGGAUGAAGACGAUGACGACGACGAAGCUAAUGCUGAUGGGUCGGUGGACGUGCGCAGGCUAACCGAGAGCCCCAAUCCCUCCAGCCUGCCGGAUGCUGCACCGGCGCCGGCAGCCACCGCACAAGCCCCCGCCGUCCCCGACGCCUCAAGCACCCUAUCUCCCUUCGAGGAUCCCUUCAUUCCUGCCCGUAGCUUCGCGGGGAGGUCCAAGCUGCGUCGCUGGGAAGAGGACUCCAUCUCUCUCGUCUCCGACUCCGACCUUGAGCGCUCACCUCCGGGCCCUUCCUUGCCCGACCUCGAGCGUCCCCAGGUUGGGGCUACUUCGGUCGCGGCUCCUCCACCCUCUGGCGUGCGCUCAGUCGUGGUGCAGGGGGCGCCCCCAUUUGGCGCUAGCGGCAGGAGUCGGCGCCGCCGUAGGAGGCGUCGGGGCCGCCCUGUGCUCGUCCACGGCCUACCCCUAAGCGACCCGGAGCGCCAGGGUGCGCGGGACGUCGAAAGCGGUCGUCCGAGGGUGCCUGUGUUCCAACGUCUCAGCCCGCGGCGCCGUAUCUCGGCCCCCGACGUUGAUGGCUGGAGGGAGAUUCUACCGCGCGGUGCGGAUUCGCAAGCACGCCCGGCUGGUCCAAGGCCUCAGUCUCGUCCAGUUCUGCGGGAACUCGUUGGGCGCUGCUUCAACUACCUUGGUCCCGACCAUGUUGCCGCUGCUUGCCGCAAUUGGUCCAGGUGCCUCCGGUGUGGGGGUGAGGGUCACCAUGCAUGUCGAUGCUGGCGUAAACGGGGAGCGACCCGUGGACGACCUCUUCGCCGGUCCUCUGAUUGGCCCCCCACGCACCUCCUCGGGCGGUCGCAGUGGAUGUUGCUGAUGGACGAAGCCCCCAAAAUGCCAUCUUCGCCUGGGCGUUCCUGUGGGUCGCUGGGCCUUGACGCGGAGCAGGCCGGUCGAGAUGUGGCGGAAGAUCCGAUGAUGGUGGAGGUUGUUGCCGCGCUCCCUAUUAUCAAGGUAGCUGGAGCACCGUCUGAGCACGAAGCCCCCGGAACUCCAGCUUCGCCUGUGCGUGGUUGUGGGUCGCCGCACACGGAUAGGCUGGCUUUGGAUUCCUCUGGGGAUGGCGCCUUGGUGUCCUUCAUCGAUGCCAUCAAGCUACCGCUUAUGGUGUCACCGCCUAGGUUGCGCAUCACCAAGGACCCCAAGGCUGCUGAUGAUGGCGAUUUCGUCCCCAAGCGCAUCGCCCGUUUAGCGGCUAAGAGCAAGUUCAGAGCAACGAAGCCGGAUGCCUAG